AUCCCAUGUUUUCAACUUGCAUGUGUGGUUUGAAUGUGCAAGCAUUUGUGUGGUGUGUGUUCUGGAGUUUGGGAAUGUGUUAUGUGUUAUUUUGUUUGAGCAGGUAUUUGUGAUGAUAGAUCUUGAGAAGAUCUUUUCGACGCAACAAGAAUCUCUUCAAUUGGAGCAACAACGCGAAAGCUAUGAAGAUUCAAAGUUCAUGAGCUUGCGUUACAAUUGCGGCGGUUACUAAGUGAAGUUGUGGGGUGACUUUAUAUGGAGUUGGGACCUUUGGGGUUGGGGAAACUUGUCACUCUACUGUAACAGCUGCAAAUAGGUUGGGAACAACCAAGCUAGGCUUGUCUGCUAACCUUCUCUCUGUGCGACGACUGCAGAAGAGCAAGGCCGAAGUGACCUUUGGACCAACCAGCUGCCGUGCUAAGCUUGGGAAGAAGGUGCUAUGGAGUCUGGAAGAGGAGACCAGUUGCAUCAAGGACCUGUGGCAGCUGCCCAUCAUCCCAUGGAAUGGGAAGACUCCAACAGCAGCAACGGCAGCAGCGGCAAAGGCAACAGCAGGAGGAGAUGCAACUGCACCAACUGAUGGGGUCGCCCUUGUGAAGAAUAGGGUGCUGGCUACAGUUGGAGAUAAGGAGUGGAUCCCAUAUGUCAAGUGGUAUGGGAGUGCUCCAGCGGUGAACAUGCUGAGGGCAUUUGGGUGCAUGGUGGUGUUUCAUGUGCCCAAGGAGAAAAGGGGGAAGUUGGAGGCUUCUGGAAGAUGGGCUGAGGAGCAGCAGCAGCAGCAGCAUGAGUCUCCAUCUCGAGUUCCACACCCGCCUGAGCGACCUAGGAGGGAUGUGCGCCCUCCGGUGAGGCUGACCUAUGGGGGAAGAGGCAAGCCAAAUGUGGUGCAGGCUGGGAGUGUGGUUGAGCAGAUUGAGGAAGAUGAGAUCGCUCACUGCUACUGGGCACCAAUCCCUGAGCCCAAGACUCGAGAGGAGGCCUUGAAUGGACCAAAUGGGGAGAAGUGGAAGGCGAGUGAGGAUGAGGAGUUCGGGUCCCUGAUUGAAAACGAGACAUGGGACCUGUGUGACUUGCCUCCUGGAAAGAAGGCAAUCACUUCCAAGAUGAUCUACAGGCACAAGUAUGGACCUGAAGGGGAGCUGACCCGCUACAAGUCUAGGCUUGUGGCACGGGGGUUUCAGCAGACAAAGGGGAAGGACUAUGAUGAGGUGUUUGCUCCUGUGGGGAAAGGAACAACACUGAGGGUGCUGUUAGCGAUAGCUGCACUCCUGGGAUGGAAGAUACGGCAGAUGGACAUUGUGACAAUGAGUCCGCUGUGAAGCUCGCCAAGAAUGCUUGUCUGCAUGGGCUGACAAAACACAUAAGGCCUAAGUGGCAUUGGGUGAGGAGACUCCUUGAUAAGGAGGUGCGGCUGGAGAUAGUGAAGACCCAUCAGCAGGCAGCAGAUAUUUUCACCAAGCGUCUGGCGGAGGCGGAUCAUUGGAAGGGCAUGAAGCUUGCUGGGAUGAGUGUGCAUUGAGUAUGCAUGCUUGAGAUGUGGUAUGGUGGAUGAUGGUUGGCAGCCAGAGGGGGAGAUUGUUGUGUGAUGUCAUCAUAUGCUAUCACAUUCUGUCUGCCUCCCAUCCCAUGUUUUCAACUUGCAUGUGUGGUUUGAAUGUGCAAGCAUUUGUGUGGUGUGUGUUCUGGAGUUUGGGAAUGUGUUAUGUGUUAUUUUGUUUGAGCAGGUAUUUGUGAUGAUAGAUCUUGAGAAGAUCUUUUCGACGCAACAAGAAUCUCUUCAAUUGGAGCAACAACGCGAAAGCUAUGAAGAUUCAAAGUUCAUGAGCUUGCGUUACAAUUGCGGCGGUUACUAAGUGAAGUUGUGGGGUGACUUUAUAUGGAGUUGGGACCUUUGGGGUUGGGGAAACUUGUCACUCUACUGUAACAGCUGCAAAUAGGUUGGGAACAACCAAGCUAGGUUGGCAAGGGUGGCCAACUUGGAUGGAUUGGUUGGGAAGGGACAA